UUAUGGGGCUUUAUUGUUAUGCAAAUAUGGGAGACGUAAAAAAGACCCCUAGUGCGCUGCAAGGCAGAGACAGCCGCGCGGACUGUACGGAGUGCACGCGAAGGAGCACGCGGAGGAAUUCUAUAGUUCAUCGCCAAGACCCGUCCAGGAGUUAUAGGCAGUCACCAUUUCUCACAGACCGCGGCAGCUCCUGGGAAAUUACGGAGGCAAAGUCGGGAGGUAAAUAUCAAGAAGAUCCUGACUUGUUAAUCGACGGGUUGCGGACAUACUGCCUUUGAGAUAUAUUCGUAUAUUUUUAACACUCGCAAUUUUAGCAUACCCUUUUUACGAAAGCUAGAUGUUUCCAGAUUAUCAUUUGCAAUAACCUCGGUGCUGCUAACAGGACGAAGAAGGCGAAAAGGGGAAACUACAUCAUACGUUUUGUUUGGAAGGUCUAACAAAGACAUCUGGUAGGCAUUUUGGAUUUCUGUGACACUGACUACUUUUUUUACACACUGAGUGUGUUCGAUCAUCCCUGUCCUUUUUUUUGGAUAUCCACUUUGUGUCAUUUCUCAUUCCCUCAAACCUGAAAAUCCAAAUUGCGCUGCCCUGCUCCUUUAACCCCAGACCUUUCCAGCGGCCACAACUUAACGAAAGAAAGAUACCAAGGCGAUCAGCGCGUCGGAAAGCAGGAUUCCCCUUAUUAUUAUUUUAUUAUUAUUAUCAUUAUUAACGUUCGUGUCUAGUUUUAAGAAUAAACCAUGAGCCAGGCGGAGAUCUCGACGUGCUCGGCGCCGCAGCGGGUUUUCCAGGAGGCGGUGAAGAAGGGCAACACGAAGGAGCUGCACUCGCUCCUGCAGAACAUGACAAACUGCGAGUUCAACGUGAACUCAUUCGGCCCCGAGGGACAGACUGCCCUGCACCAGUCCGUCAUCGACGGCAACCUCGAACUCGUCAAGCUGCUGGUCAAAUUCGGGGCCGACAUCCGUCUGGCCAACAGGGAGGGCUGGAGCGCUUUACACAUCGCCGCCUUCGGGGGACACCAAGACAUAGUGCUAUACCUCAUCACGAAGGCCAAGUAUGCGUCGGGCGCACGGUGAUCUCAGUGUGCCCCCCAGGUAAAACACUGAGAACUCGGCUCUUGUAAAACUGCCUUCCGAUUUAUCCAGUUAUGUCAAAAAAACCGGCCGUGAUUCGUUAUGUUUAAGACGAGGUUUUGGUCUGCCUGGCUCAUUAAAUGGAACACUAUACUAUCUGUAUGCAUUUUACCAUAAGUAUUGAAAAAUAUCCGUCUCUUUUGCUGGUACUUUAAUUGUUUAUUUGAAUGUGUAACUAAUCUGAUAGCGAAACUUGGCUGGGGAGGAAGAUCGUCUUUCGUUACCUGUGCCGUUUUUUUGGUCGCUGUUGAAAUCAAACGCCUCUUUAUUGGGCUCUGAAUGAAGUGUUAAACCCGCAGCGUCGCUGUCCGCUUGGCCCUUUAUAAAUUAUUAUGAUUUUUUUUUAAAUAAAAAAGAUGGCACUUGAUGCUAUGGCUGCAUGCUGGAAUAUAUGAAAGGGAAGAGGUGAACACGGUAAUGAAGUCCAUCUUCUGGCUAUAUGCUGAUUUUUUUUUAACCCACUGGGUAUGUUUCGAUUAACAGUUUCUUGGUUUUAAAAAGCGGCAUUAUGAAAUUACUUUUGCAUUGUAAAGGGGUUCAUAAUUAUAACACAUGCCUAAAGAUUCCUAAGUACUGUAUAAAAUAGCUUUACCUUUUUCUUUAAAGUAGCUAAAUGCGCUCUGUCUUCACCAAGCAGACAUCUGGCAGCACCUUCAGGUCGGUAAGACCAGAGUUAAAGGUUAAUGUUACUAAAUCGCUGCUUUUGCUUUGUAUCAAAACGUCAGGAGAAUCGCAUUUGGAUUAUGUUUUUAAAAAUUCACUUUUCAGUAUUUCUUAAAACGUCCCUGGUCGUCACUGUGAAUGCAGACUGGGUUUUAUUUAUGAAGGUACAAUGAGAAAAUACAUUUGAAUUAUGUCGUGUUUCUGAUCAAUCGGUCUCAAACGUUAAUGGUGACUUUCCAAGCUGCUUCGUAAUCUGAUAUUCUGUCCCCUAUGGAGAUUCGACAUCACCAGCCUGAUUCUUAACCCGAACCUUAUCUAAAGUCAUGAUUUCUUUGUAUUUGCCAGCUACCUCGGAUGUAGUGUUCAAAGAGAAAUGGCAUAGAUUUGGUUUUUGCGGUCUGUUUUCCCAAGGAGAGAAAACUCGAGUCUGGUUUCAUUGAUAAAUUUAUUUCACUCAGCCGAUUUUACCUAAAUGCAAAUUAACAGCCGGUCGCCCACCCACUCCAAACAUUACAGUAAACGCUUGGUCUUCAACCAGACCCGUCAUUUCCCCUCUGCAAGUUUUUUAUUAAUCGGGCAAACUUUUUUCAGGAUUUGAUAAUUUGAUCGCAAACGCUUAUUUGAAGCUAAACGUAUGUGUUAACUUUCAGCUUUCAUUUUUGUGUUAAAUGCUGAUUUAGCUACAUUCAAGAAAAGGAAAAAUAUUAACGCAUGACUUAAAAAUGCAGGGAGUUUUGUUGCACAAAAAGCGGAGCCUUUCACGCCCCUUUAAGGCCUGUUCGGGUAACUGCAGACGGGGCAAACGAAUGGUUACUACUGAGCAGGACUAUGACCAUAUGAACAUUGAUAUGCUAAUGGUUAUUUCAUUAUCACUGUGUAAUUACGAUGAUUAUUACUACUACAUGACUAUAGCAGGAACAUCGAGAGAUGUCAAUACAGACUGCCUGUUUCAUUUUAAAGUCAUGGCACCCUAUUUGUUUUAAUGCUGCUUAUAAUGUUUUUUAUUUUUGUUUUGUUUUGAAUUAAAUGCCAACAGUAAGAGACUUUGGGGGAAAUCUGAUCACAUCACUGUCAUUUUAAAAAAGCCCAGUAUGUGCAGAUUUGUGUGCUUGUGUGCGUGUGGAGUUUUUGUUUUGCAUGCGUUUGCUGUUGUGUCAUAUUUAGGUGUCUCCCGGUCACCCUCGUUCCCUCUGUCGUUUUCUGCGCAUGGGUAUUGCAGAGUGUGACCCCAGGGACUGUGGCCUGUACAUGUACCUGGAAAAACUAAAGCGAUAACGAAAUUGAGAACCCAAUUAAUAUAAAGAGAAAAAAAUAUGCAUCGCUUGACUUAAACUUGAUCAUUUUAUUAUUUUUUAAAAAAUAUUGCACUGAUAACUGUUGUUAAUUGUUGGUUUUAUGCCAACAUUUUUAUUUUUUCUAAAGAGAAAAAAGGAACACAACAAAAUACUAUUGUAUGAAACUCCAGGUAAUGUUGUCUUUUUGUGCAUCGCUUUGUGAAACGUAAUGUUUGCAAAGCCAGUUGUUUCCGUGACUGGAUGUGUGAGUGUGUGUGUAUAUAAAAGCUGAAAUAAACCUUGGAGCACUUUCUUUUCUGAAGUGCUGUCCUCCUGUUGUUAUGAAAGGGGAACAAUACCUUUGAUGGUAAGAUCAUUGUAACAAUUGCACGAUGCAUAGUUGUUUUACUCGUCAGUGUCAUAACAUUUAUGACACAAGUGUAAAAUAGCUAGAUAGGUUUAAAUGAAUGAGAAGUGCUGAAAUUGUUUUAGGACCAAGUUCUGUUUGUUUUGCUUUGUUUGCAAACAAAAGAUUGUGUCUCGUAAGUGAGGUGGAUGUUCCAUUGUGUCAAUAAUGAGUUUUUUUUAUUAUUAUUUUUGAAUGUUGUAACACUGUGAUCUUGUGUGGAGAGGAAUCGUGUGCUGUAAUUUUGUACGUUUGUGUACAAGCCAGUAAAGAAAAUCAUUAAACUUUCUCUGCCGC